GUUCUACCAUCUGCUCGGACAAUCAUAAUGGGUUCGGAGGUGGCUACCGCUACCAGCGAAGAUGUGUCUACAUCCUUUGAGAUUGCGCGCCCGACAAUUGCAACAUGGAGGCUGGUGAUUAUUCUUCUUUCCAUCGCCAUCGGACUGUUCUUGUCUUUGAUGGAUACCACCAUUGUUUCGACCAUGCUAUACACUAUUUCGGACGAAUUCGAUGGAUUCAAAACAUGCUCGUGGAUCGUCCUGGCGUACACCCUGUCCUACGUUGGAUGCGCCGUAUUCAUGGCACGAUUAUCGGAUGUCAUUGGCCGGAAAUGCCUCCUGUGCCUGUGCUUCUUGAUCUUUCUCGGCGCGUCGAUGGGAUGCGCUGCGUCGAAGAAUAUGAGCCAGCUCAUCGGCUUCCGGGCGAUGCAGGGAAUUGGCGGAUCGGGGCUGUACGCGAUGGCCAUGAUCAUCUACCCCGAGAUCAGCCCGCCUCCUUUACUCCCCGCAAUAUCCGGCAUCAUCGGCGUGGUUGUCGCCCUGGCUGGGAUUAGCGGGCCGUUGAUCGGGGGCGCCCUGACGAGUUAUCGUACCUGGCGCUGGGGAUUCUGGAUCAACGGUCCAUGUGCGUUUGUGCCUCUGGUCACCCUGCUACUCGUGUGGCCCAACGAUUUCCAUUUCGCGAAGAAUGUUCGCUUCCGGCACCUGGACUAUCUCGGCGCAUUUCUCAUCCUGAUCGGAUCUGUCCUGUUCGUCUUCAUCUUGAAUGAAGCCGCCAUCAGAGCCUAUGCGUGGAACAGCGCCCCCGUGAUUAUCAUCCUCGUCAUCUCUGCGCUGUCCUGGGGAGCGCUCGUCUACUGGCAGUGGGUUAUCUCGUCCAAACCGCGAUUCCAGCAGAUUCGGCCUCAAUUGCCAUUCCGGCUACUCUCAAGCCGGGUCAUGGUUGCCGGCUUUGUGAGCACCAUCCUAACGGGAUUUGUCAUGCUUCUGGUAAUCGUCAACAUCCCCCUGCGCGCGCAGAUUGUCAACCUGAAGGACGCCGUCGCCUCUGGGAUUCUGCUCCUCCCGUUGAUGGCCGGCACCGCCGUCGGCUCUGCGAUCGGCGGCGCGGCGUCUGCGAAGCGAAACAAUGCCUUCUGGACGCUGAACCUGGCGAGCAUUUUCAUGGUGAUUGGGACUGCCUCGCUCUCGACUCUGCCAGACUCGGUAGACCCGGCACCGAGGCAGUGGGGACUCGAAUCGAUUCUGGGGUUUGGGAUCGGGUUGAGUCUCUCUACAAUGACGUUUCUUACGACGAUGCAGGUGGAGUUUCAGGAUCAUGCCGUCGCCCAAGGCAUCGUCGCCCAACUGCGCAUUUUCGGCGGAAGCAUCGGCAUCGCCUCAGGCUUCAUCGUUUUCAACACAAACGUCCAGCACUCGCUCGCCGGCGUCCUCACACCCGAGCAACUGGAUGAAUUCUAUCGGACCCCCGCGGCGAUCUCCCGGCUCCCAGUGCGCCAGCAGCUGGUCGUUCGCCAGGUCUAUGUUAGCACGUUCAACACCGAUAUGCGAAUCUGUGCGGGGAUCGCGGCGGCGUGCGUCGUUGCGACACUGUGCACGUAUCAGCGGAAGCCGCAGUCGAUCAAGCAGCGACUUGCGGAUUUAGAGGACGCGUAUGCAAGGACUGAGGCGGCUAGGGGUGAGGGGGCUGCGAUUCACGCGAAAUGUCUCACUGUCAAUAGGUAUACCUAUCCUGAACUAUGUUUCUACUCAGAAAGCCACCUAGAGAUGAUUCGCAUUAGAUUCCCCUCGUGGAUAGAUAGGGCAUCACCCAUUUCAAUUAGUCUACCAGACACAUACCAUGUUGCUCUCGGGCUCUUUUUGCCCCCUCAAUGCCUCGGCGGCAACAUUUGGGCCCGGGUGGAGAGAUCCCUGAACCCGCCGCUGUCGGUGUUAGAUGGUCUUCGGAAAUUCGGCGCUUGGUGUGUCAAAGCUCGGCCACUAUUUUUCUCGGUGCGUUUCUGCUCUUCUAGCGGAGGAAAAGUCCCUUCUAUCACCAGGGUCAGCUUCCUUACACCAGACAUGGACGACAAAUGUCCACCGAUUGCCAUCGUCGGGAUGAGCUGGCGCUUCCCCGGCGAGGCUCGAUCCGCCAGUGGAUUCUGGGACAUCCUGCAGAACGGCGAGUCGGCCAAGACUCGGAUCCCCGUCGAUCGAUUUGACCCAGAGGCGUACUAUCACCCAUCGGCUGAUCGGCAGGGCGCUAUUACAACCAAGGAGGGCCACUUUCUCAAGGAGGACAUUGCGGCCUUUGACGCGCCGUUUUUCUCCAUGACUGCGACAGAGGCUGAAGGGAUGGAUCCGCAGCAUCGGAUUUUGUUGGAGGUGGCGUAUGAAGCGUUUGAGAAUGCUGGGAUGCCUUUGAAGUCCGUUGCAGGGAGUCAAACAGCGGUGAUGGUAGGAUGCUUCACAAAGGACUACGAAGUCACCUCGGGGCGAGAGAAUUCAUACAUGUCCCCGUAUGCGUCGACCGGCUGUGGCGGCGCAAUGCUCGCCAACCGCCUGUCAUGGUUCUAUGACCUCCGUGGCCCCUCUCUUCUCAUUGAUACCGCUUGUUCCUCGAGCCUGGUGGGCCUCCACCUGGCCUGUCAGGAGAUUCGCAGCGGCGGAAGCAAGAUGGCCGUCGUUGCAGGCACCAAUCUCAUGAUCCAGCCCGAGGUAUGGCGUGGGCUAUCGGCGCUGGGAUUCCUCAGCCCUGACGGGCAGUGCCACAGCUUUGAUAGCAGGGCCAAUGGCUACGGACGGGGCGAGGGGAUGGGCGUCAUAGUCCUGAAGCCGCUGAUGGAUGCCAUUCGAAACAAUGAUGUUAUCAGGGCAGUUAUCAGGGGCACGGGAAUAAACCAAGACGGGAAAACACCAGGAAUCACAGUGCCCAGCUCAGAGGCCCAGAGCAGCCUCAUUCGAUCCACAUACAAGGCAGCCGGGCUUGAGUUUUCCGAAACCGUGUAUUUCGAGGCCCACGGGACAGGGACACACGUUGGCGACCCCCUUGAGAUGUCCGCUAUAGGCGAAACCAUUGGAGUCGCAAGAGCAGCAGAUGGGUGCCCUCCACUGCUUGUGGGGUCGGUCAAGAGCAAUAUUGGACAUUUGGAAGGCGCCUCUGGGAUUGCGGGUCUCAUCAAGACGGUUCUCGUUCUCGAGCAGGGUCGGAUCCCCGCUGUGCAUGGCGUUGAGGCGCCGAAUCCGGAGUUUGACCUGGAAAGAUGGAACAUCUGCAUCCCUACUGAGCUUACGCCGUGGCCAACGCCGGGGCUACGCCGGGCGAGCGUCAAUUCGUUUGGGCAUGGAGGUACGAAUUCGCAUGUCAUCCUGGAUGACGCGUUUCACUAUCUUGCCGGUAUCUCGCCUCCAUCACCGCUAGACUCCGGGAUUUCCAUCGACCCUCUGGAUAACGUGUCAAACGCUACACCAAAAUUAUAUGUCUUCUCGGCCCCGGAACAGGACGGGGUCACCCGCAUUGCCCAGACAUACGCGGACUUUGUCAGGGACAGUUAUGACCCAGAAGAAAAGGGGUCUGAUGGGGGGUACAACUCAAUCCUGGACAAUGAGCUCGGGCUUGCCUACACGCUCGCCGAGAGGCGGACAAUCUUCGACUACCGUGGAUUUGCUGUCGCAACAUCGCUGCCGGACCUCCGAAAGGUGCUGGAAAGCACGCCCCCAAGGGCAACACGAUUGCUCAAGAAUCCUUCCUGCGCAUGGGUAUUCACUGGGCAGGGAGCGCAGUGGUUUGCAAUGGGCCGCGAGCUGCAGGAGAUGGAGGUCUUCAGCGAUAGCCUGCGUCGGGCGGAUGAAUAUAUACUCUCACUUGGAAGCGAUUUCUCCAUCCUUGACGAGCUCAACCAGUCGGAGGAGAAGAGCCGCAUCAACGAGCCGCGGUUCUCGCAGGUACUGUGUACUGUUGUCCAAGUGGCCCUGGUAGAGCUCCUGCAGCAUUGGCAGGUGCAUCCCAAGGCUGUCGUGGGUCAUUCGAGUGGAGAGAUCGCCGCAGCUUACGCCUGCGGAGCAAUCAGUAGAGACGCAGCGUGGAAGAUCGCCUAUUUUCGCGGCCUGCAUUCUGAGCAGAUUACGGCUCUCUUGCCCCAUAGGCAGGGGGCUAUGUUGGCGGUCAACCUGUCACAGUCCGGGGUCCAACCCUAUCUAGACCAGGUUACGGACGGAGCAGCCGUAGUUGCAUGCAUCAACAGUCCCCGGAGCGUGACCGUCUCCGGUGAUAUGUGUGCGGUGGCGCAGAUGGAGAGGCUGCUGCAGAACGUCUGGCCCACUACGACGACGUCCGAUGUCGCGUUCUUCUCGUCUGUUUCUGGCGCUCAAACUCCCUUCUCCAGCCUGGAUGCGGAGUACUGGGUGAAGAACCUUCUAAGCCCCGUCCGCUUCUCUGACGCAGUUACGGCAUUGCUGAGCCAGAGAUCCACCAAGAUCCGACGCAAAUAUCGCAAGGGAUCAGCGGGUGUGAACGCUCUGGUCGAAAUUGGGCCCCACUCUGCCCUGCAGGGACCAUUGCGCGACAUUGUAGCACAUGUUCCGAAUAUGAAGGUCAACUCGGUCACCUACACGUCUCUACUGCAGCGAGGAAAGAGUGCCACCGCGACAGCACUGGAUGCAGCCGGCAAGCUGUGGGCCCUGGGGUUUCCCCUGGACCUGGGACGAGCCAACUCCAACACCCGCUCGCCAUGGGCCCAGUGGAAACCCCUGGUGAAUCUGCCCAGGUAUCCGUUCAACCACAAGCGCAGAUACUGGCACGAGGCCCGAAGCACACGAAUCCGGCGGACGAGGACCACCCCGCGGACUGACUUGCUGGGCCUCCCAACAGACGAUCACAGCACCGUGGCCCCGCGCUGGACCAAUUUUAUCAGUCCAGCGGAGAUCACCUGGCUCAUGGACCAUCAAAUCCAGGGAGUCAUCAUCUUCCCCGGUGCCGCCAUGCUCGCCAUGGUGCUGGAGGCCUGCAAACAGGUGGCUGGACCUCACGCGGACUCGGUCCAGGGCUACGAAUUCCGCGACGUCACCUUCUCCAGACCCAUGGUGUUUUCUUCUUCUGUCGCGGUAGUCGAGACGAUCCUGCAAUUCCGGCCGCAUAAUGUCGGCACCCGGAGCAGCGGCUCUACAGCCACCCACUGGACACACUUUAGCAUUCUGUCCAUGACCCAUGAGAAUUCCGCGACAGAACACUGUACAGGACUCGUACGGAGCAUCUUCGCCAGUGGCCCCAACGAGGUCGAUCACGCCGUUGAAGUUCUCCAGAGCUGGAACGCCUACAAAGAGGAGCACGUGGCGAUUCUCCAGAAACCCACCAAGGUUCAAUCAGCCAGUCGGCUCUACGACCGCCUGAAAAACCUAGGUCUGUUCUUUGGUCCUGCCUUCCGCAACAUCACGCAGAUCCACACGGGGGAUGGUUUCGGUCACGGCGAGCUGCAGAUCAAGGACACGGCGGCCCUGAUGCCCGAGGGCGUCGAGUACCCGCUUCCCAUCCACCCUACGCUUCUAGACGCGGUCUUCCAGAUGAUGAUCUGCAGUGGGACGGUCAAGGAUGAUUCCCCUGCCAUGGCGCCAAGCCUGAUCGAAUCGUUGUAUAUCUCGGCCUCGAUGCCUCCCGUUGGAUCGUGCAUGCGCGGAUACAGCACGCUGGACCCCACAUUGCGGCUGCAGCACAAGGGCAAUGUUUUCCUUUCGGACGAUGCGUGGAGUGAGCCCAGGGUGAUCCUUAAGGGGUUUGUCUGCACGGAACUCGCCUCGACUCAGCUGCGCCAUGCUCCUCGCAAGAUCUGCACACGGAUGGACUGGCGGAUAGAUCUAUUAUCUUCUCAGACUACAGCCGGGAGGUUCUGGAAGUCCGUUCCGGUACCUUCGCCGGCCUUCUCGAAAGAGGCCAGAGCUUGGAAUCGGACUGCGAUCCUGUGCGCACAGAAAGCGUCCUCCACCCUGCCGCAACCAGAGGGAGAACAGGUGACGAGUCAACCCUUCGCACGGUACUUCGACCGCCUGAAGACAAUCGGAGCCGAACCAUUAGAUGAGACCUAUGGCGAAUCCAGGAAUCUGGAGUCCUGCCCAGUGAUGCAGACGAUCGACAUGGUGGGAAACGUGCUAACACAGAUCCUGAAUCGCAGCAAUGAAGCCGAGCCCACCGUAACGUCCGAUUUGAUUUCCAAAUUCCUGAAUGACGCAGUCGAUCAAUCCUUUGUCAACUCCGUGGUUUCGGAGUUCAUCGACCGUGCCGGAGAUGUCCACCCCGAUAGCCACAUACUCGAGGUUGGAGACGGAUCAACCUCCUGCGCCACGUCUGUUUUACGACGCGUCGCACCCAAGUCAGCGGGAUGUGCACGCCUCACGACAUAUACUCUGGCAGCGCACGAGUCCGAGGCAGUGUCCCAGGCCAAAAUCAUGUCCAAGGAGUGGUCUUCAUUUGACUCGGAGCGGCUCGAUGUUAGAAAAGAUGCCGAGAAACAAGGGUUUGAGGCUGGCUCGUACGACUACAUUAUCCUGACCGACCUGAUGCCCAGAGUGGAUGUUGCGGUGGCGCUAGCAGCGGUCAGGAAACUGUUGAAAGCCGAUGGGAAGCUCCUUGUGGCAGGAAUAACGGCCAAUCAGCCCCGGACAGCCUUUGUUCUGGGGUCUGACGCUAGAUGGUGGAAUGCACCACGGGAUGAGAUGCAAUGGGACUCUUUGCUGAAACAAGCUGGCUUCGUGGGUAUCGAACACAUCGUUAACGAUUCGGCGGACCCAGACCUGCGUGAGCUCUCUGUGAUGAUGACUUCUGUGCCUUUCCGCACCAAUUAUGAUUUCUCGGAGGUGGUCAUUCUCAAUGGAGCUAACUCUCCCAAUGAGAGUAAUGUGCUCGGCACAACAUUUGGUGAUUUGCUCACCAAGCGUGAUUUCUUCGUCAGCCAUGUUACCCUUGACACAGUCCCAGAGGAUCUCGCAGGCAAGGCUGUAGUGUCGUUCCUCGAGCUCGACAACCCACUGCUUGAAGACAUGUCCGAACACGAAUUUGUCACAGUCAGGAGCCUGAUCUUGAACAGCGCAGGUGUGAUCUGGGUGACCCGGCAGGGCCAAGUUGCCAGUACAGCCUCGCACCCCUUUGCAGGAGUCGCCAGCGGACUGUUGCGCGCUGUCCGCGCGGAAGAUUCGACAAAGCGCCUCGGCAAUCUCGACCUAUCGCUCGAGACAAUUCCACAGGAUGCGCUUGCUGCCAGCAUCGUCCAUGAAGUGUUCCAGACCGUCCUGGGAACAAGACCCUCUGAUCGCGAAACCCGAGACUGGGAAUUCGCCGAGGACGACGGCUGCGUAUACGUGCCACGCGUCUUUGAAGAUGGGGAGCUGAACUCGGCAAUCACUCAGAUAGACAGGGUGCCCCAGGCGAGUCCGCAGCCGCUCUUCCAAGAGAAUCGGCCGUUGAAAAUGGUCCUACAGGAGUCAGGCUUGCUCAACACGUUCGCGUUUGUGGAUGACGAGGAGUUUCGCGAGCAGUUAAAGCCGGACUACGUUGAGAUGAAGGUUCUCUGCACCGGACUCAACUUUGUGGACAUCAUGGCCGCGCUAGGCCAGGUGCCUACGCCGACUCUGGGCUGUGAGGUUGGCGGAAUCAUCACGCAUGUUGGGUCGCAGGUUACCCAGUUCAAGCCGGGUGACAAAGUUGUGGGCAUGCUCCAGGGCAGUUUCAACAGCCACGUCCGCAUCCGAUCAACCUUCAUCCAGCACGUCCCAUCCCAUAUGGCAGUCGAAGACGGAACGACAGUCAUAGUUUCCUUCUUGACGGCCUGGAUCGCGCUCGUCAACAAGGCCAACCUCACCCGCAACGAAACCGCGCUGAUCCACUACGGUGCCGGCGGCGUCGGGCAAGCUGCGAUCCAGAUCUGCCAACACCUCGGCGUCGAGAUCUACACCACCGUCGGGUCCCAGGCGAAGAAAGACCUGCUCAUUGAUCAUUACGGUCUGACUGAGGACCACAUCUUCUACUCGCGGGAUACGACGUUCGCCGAAGGCCUAAUGAGAAUGACCGCCGGCCGCGGCGUCGACGUCGUCCUGAACUCGACCUCCGGCGAGCUCCUUCGGCAGUCGUGGACCUGCGUCGCAGACCACGGGCGCUUUGUCGAGAUCGGCAAACGCGAUAUCCUGAACAAAGUCGGCCUCGACAUGGGCCCCUUCAUCCGCGGCGUGAGUUAUAUCGGAUUCAACCUCGAGAUGUACCACCAGUGCAGCCCUGUCCACAUGGAAUGUUCGCGGGCGCUCGACGAGAUCUUCCAUCUCUUCCGGACGAAGCGCUUCCACCCGCUGGUCCCCCUGACCGUGUACAGCUACGCGCAGGUCGAGCAGGCGUUCCGGGCCCUGCAAUCCGGUUCGGUCUCUGGGAAGAUUGUUGUCCAGGCCCGAGACGAUGAUCUAGUCCCCGUGGUUCCCCCGGUAGAACCCCAGUUUACGGUUGACCCGGACGCGACAUACCUAUUAGCUGGGGGAUUGGGUGGGAUUGGCCGCAGUAUUGCCGAUAUGCUCCUGUCGCAUGGGGCCAGACACCUUGCGUUCAUAUCUCGAUCAGGCGACUCCAGGAAGGAAGCGAAGACAUUCCUGGAUCAGCUGCGUCGGCACGAUUGCGAUGCAAAGGCUUAUGCAUGCGACAUAUCGAAUCGGGCCAGUCUCCAGACUACGCUGGCACAGUGUGCCGCUGAAAUGCCCCAUAUCAAGGGUUUGAUCCAAUGUUCGAUGGUACUCAAGGACGGCGUCUUCGAACAAAUGUCCUACGAGGACUGGAUCACGAGCACGCGUCCCAAGAUCCAGGGCUCCUGGAACCUGCACGAGCUUGUCCCGCGAGACCUCCACUUCUUCAUCAUGCUCUCGUCAAUCUCUGGUGUAAUCGGCAAUCCAGGGCAGGCUAACUACGCAGCCGGCAACGCAUUUGAAGACGCCCUGGCUCUCUUCCGGCGCCAGCAGGGCCUUCCCGCCACGGCGAUUGAUCUCGGCGCCGUCCGCGACGUCGGAUACAUCGCCGAGUCCGACAGGGCGGCGGACCUAGCCCAUACUGCGGCAUUCCAGAUUGCUGAGAAAGAGGUCCAUCACCUUGUGGGGCUUGCGAUUGCAGGGAGUCUUCGAUCUAGGGGCCAGGGCCAGGGACAGGGCCAGGGACAGGGCCAGGGGAAGCAAGUCCCGGCGCGGAUCAUCACUGGCCUGAGCGCGAGCCAGGAGAUGGACGACGUCCUCCGACGGGCUCACUGGGCGCGGGAUGCCAAGUUCUCGACGCUAUGGAAGCCAGGUGGUGUAGAAAACGACGAUGCGGCGCUUCAGGCCGGCCUGGAGGCAAUCAGGAAGGCGGAGUCACUGGAAGCCGCGUCGGGAAUUGCGGAGGAUAUGAUUGUCUCGCGGGUGGCGAGGGUGCUGAUGAUCCCCGUGGAAGAUGUCAACAGUUCACAGCCUUUGCACACAUAUGGAGUGAACUCGCUGGUUGCAGUUGAGAUUAGAGCCUGGAUGGCAAAUGAAUUCCAGACGGAAAUUUCCGUCUUCGACAUCCUCAGCCCGAGUCCCUUGUCAGCGCUUGCCACCAAGGUUGUUAGGGAGAGCAAACUGCUUCCGGAGCGACUCAGGAAGGAAACUAGCGGAGAAGGUGUACAGGAGGACAGCCUGGAGUGAUUGCCAUUGUUAUUGUCAUUGUAUGUUUAUGUUGCCU